AACUUACUCUUUGUCGUAAUGUUUCGCCGAUUCAUUUCAUUACGAUGUACCGGCUCAAACGACACGUUCCAUAGACUGGGACUUUUGUACAGACUACGAAAGCACUCGGUUCUUCUUGCUUGUAUAUCUUCCGGACUACUCUAUCGAGGUUACGUAGCGCUUCCGCAACCUCAGUUUAUCCAAAUCUGCCAGAAUCCGCAUAGGUACAAAGUGCAGCUCUCGGAAUAUUUUGCCCUAUAUUCUUUUGACGGAACUUCUGGUUCGGACCCAAAGGAGAAUAUUAGGGUUGAGCGUAUGCUGAUUUUGCGUCAGAAGCUAGAAGAGGAACUUCCGAGCUUGUUUGAGAAAGGCCUCCUCCAUAUCCCGUCCAGUUUUCUUGAUCCAACAACUGUCGUCUCCUUCGAGCGUUCCAAUGGAAAGGUCCAUACCCUGAGCACCAGGUCUUCUAUCCUUGCCGCACUUGCACUGGUACGCGUUUACUACUUAACUCGCUCCUAUGUUCGUUGGAUUGAAAUUGUGAACCUCCUGUCGGAUUCAGAAAAAUUCGAGCUCGAAGUGAGCUUCAGAAUCGUCUUGCUCCCUCUCCCGUCGUUGUCAGAAUCACGACUGCCCCCAGAACAGUUAUUGCAAAAGUUGGAAUCGCGUGCAAAAUGGCAUGAAUACCGUGCUACUUUCAUUGUUGCUGAAAAUGGUGAAGUCUCCGAGGUUCGACUAACCAAGUUCUUGCCACCUGACCGCUCGCCACAAGCUUUGAAAAAUUUACGACGACUUUCCGUGUUAAAGCGCCUCGCCCCUGCUCUGCCCAGUACGCGAAAAUUACCAUCGCUUAAUCCGUUCUUUCUCUCCGAUGUCCACAACUUGCGCGACUCCGUCAGCCUCCUUCACAGUCCAUAUUCUCAGCAUAACUCCCUUGAGCACACAGUGCGCCAAGACGGGCUUUUUACAGCUUUGAUGAAUAUUCCCUCAUCAAAAGAGAUAGAUUCUACGUUCAUGACUCAUUCAUUACCCACAAGUACGGAUUUAUUCCUGCAUAAAGUAGAUUCUUCACAGUGUAACACCCUCGUAACAGCCUUUUUUGACCGUGAUUCAGGUAUUUUUGGCCUGUAUGACAUUGGUCAGUUCCCCUCAUGGUUUAUACUCGGUGCUCCUUUGUUUUCCGAUCGUUUGUCCACUUUAAUUCGAAUCGCAUCACUCGUUCAGAACACCCCGGAUUCCCAUGACCAAUGUAUAUCUAAAUCUGGUGAUAUUUCCGUCACCGACCGUGUGCAUUGCAUCCUGAACAACUCUCUCCGGAAUACCGAUUCGAGUGCAUCCGUUUCUCGUAUGUUCCGUGAUGUACCCCACCCUUAUUUUCUUUGUUUGUAAGUAUUCUCAGAGCUGGAACCUACCCCUCCAACCACACACAACUGCGUUUUCUUUGAUAUUUUACUUUGGUGACCUUCCGAGAUCAAAGCUUCAUAGUAGAAUAGAUUUUCAUAAAGUAGCGC